ACUCACCUGUACUUGAUUACUGUUGAUUACUCUUUGUUUUUAUUCGUUCUGCCAUUUAAUAGUUAUUUACCCUUGAUGUUAUUGUGUACAUAUUUUAUACUGAUCAAUAUCUAAGUACUGUGAUACAGCUACAGUUUGUCCAAUGAUUUAAAUUCAUUGAGAGGUGGUCAGAUGUAAAUUAUAAAUAAAAUAAAAAUUUCUAUGGUCCCACGCGGUUGAAUUUAUUGCAGCGACCCUGACAGGUAUUAAUCGCUGCUAAAAUUAUAUCACGUUAUCAGUAUUCCAUUAUCAUUCCUUGACAAUGGAUAACGCUAGUUUGGAGGAUAUACUGCAAAAAUACCUGCCAGAAUCAGAGCUGCGAGAGGUUGAGAGAAUUCUAUAUGGACGUGGAUUAAUACGUUUAGGUGUCCCUCAAUGGACUGGAGAUGGAGAACUAGAAGUCACUGGAUGGAUAAUGGGUGGUGCUUUAAGGGAGGAGUUGCGAUCGCCUCGAGUCGUUCGAGUGGGACUGAUUCAACACUCCAUCGUUCUACCAACGACUGGAUUCCUGUCGGCUCAGAGAAAUGAAAUACAUCAGAAAGUCAUUAGAUACAUAAACCAUGCAGCGAAAUGUGGCGUCAAUAUAAUCUGCCUUCAAGAAGCCUGGACGAUGCCUUUUGCUUUUUGCACAAGAGAGAAAUAUCCAUGGUGCGAACUCGCCGAGGAUGUCGAGACUGGACCAACUACCGUUCUAAUGUGUGAAAUGGCGGAGCGCUACAACAUGGUCAUCAUAUCACCGAUCCUGGAAAGGGACAGGGUCAACGGAGACACAUUAUGGAACACCAGCGUGGUGAUCAGUAACACUGGUAAAGUAAUAGGGAAGCACCGGAAGAACCACAUUCCUCGAGUUGGUGAUUUCAACGAAUCGACAUAUUACAUGGAAGGCGACACUGGUCACCCUGUGUUUGAAACUGCUUACGGUAAAAUAGCUAUUAACAUCUGCUAUGGACGACACCAUCCUCAGAAUUGGAUGAUGUUUGGAGUAAACGGCGCAGAGAUCGUCUUCAACCCUUCAGCAACGGUGGACAAGCUCUCCGAGCACCUGUGGCCCGUAGAAGCAAGAUGUGCCGCCAUAGCAAACAGUUACUUCACCUGUGCAAUCAAUCGAGUGGGAACCGAACUAUUCGAAAGGGAAUUCACAUCAGGGGACGGAGCACCAGCCCAUCGAGACUUCGGUCACUUCUAUGGCUCCAGCUACGUUACUGCCCCCGAUGGCACCAGAACUCCUGGCCUAAGCAGAAACAACGACGGUCUCCUAGUCGCCGAGCUCGACCUGAACGUGUGCCGGCAAAUCAAGGACACCUGGGGCUUCCGAAUGACGCAACGAUUGGACCUGUACGCCCGUGAGUUAGCCGAAGCAACCAAGCCGGACUACAAGCCCCAGGUUAUUCGAGAGUGACACCCUGAAGAGACUCUCCGGAACCACUUCCACAUCUCGAAGGGACUCAAGAAACACAGACAAACCUACGAGUUCCUGUCGAAACUGUAAUUAUUCUCAAGGCAAAUAAAACGGAGUGGUUCGACGAA